GGACCACAAGAACUCUAUUUGUACGCCUUGAAUUCAAAUGAAGGAUCAGGAACUACUCGCUUCUGGUUGGAUAGAACGUCUUACUACGUCAUCGCUUGGAAAGACUUACGCAAAUCAGGGGGGCGGGAAAUGUUGGUGUCUUUUCCUGAUUGGCUAUCGAUGCCAUCCUAUCAGACGGUGCUUUUUAGCCGACCUCCGGAUCUUAUAUAAGGGCUCGCCGGGGCCUGUAGUCCUGAUAUCCCCUGUUGUAUUUUUCGAUUUCGUCUUCUUUGCGUCAGAAAUGUCUGGCCGUGGCAAGCAGGGCGGCAAGGCGCGCGCCAAGGCCAAGUCCCGCUCCUCGCGCGCGGGCCUACAGUUCCCGGUGGGCCGCGUGCACCGGCUGCUGCGCAAGGGCAACUACUCAGAGCGCGUGGGCGCCGGCGCACCGGUGUACCUGGCUGCAGUACUCGAGUACCUGACGGCCGAGAUCCUGGAGCUGGCGGGCAACGCGGCCCGUGACAACAAGAAGACGCGAAUCAUCCCCCGCCACCUGCAGUUGGCCAUCCGCAACGACGAGGAGCUCAACAAGCUGCUGGGCCGCGUGACCAUUGCGCAGGGCGGCGUCCUGCCCAAUAUCCAGGCGGUGCUUCUGCCCAAGAAGACGGAGAGUCACCACAAAGCCAAGGGCAAGUGAGGCCCUGCCGCCUGUGCGCGCCCCGUGGACACCAAAGGCUCUUUUCAGAGCCACCACUGAUUCUAGAAAAGAGCCGCCUUGAGCUCGCAGCCUUUUGGCCUGGGGCGGGGUCCCCUUCGAUUCCUUUAAGAGCAUUAGUGCGCAUUAGUCAAAGCAAAGGGCUCAAACUGGGACCAUGGCGCAAGGGAGGGACACGCACGUGCGCGAGGUGGGCGACGGGCUUCUGCUAGAGGCCGGGAAAACCCCCGGGCCUGUCCAUUUGCUUGCGAAUAGUGGGGCUUUAUCCUCUGUUAAGUGUCCCCAGAAUUACCAAUGACAGGUACUUGGGAUUCCAAAAAAGUCAGGAUUGCGUUUUUUUCUCCUAGGGACAAUUGGGUCGGUUCAUCUGAUAUUAAAAGUGUAUUACAUUUUAAUAAAAUUUGCCAUUUGGAAUUCUGAUAGGUGAAUCUUGGGGUUUCCACUUGGAAUGAGAGUGAACCAGUCAAAAUAGCUAAAUUUUAACAAAACAAAGUCCUCCAAAAUCAGGAUCUAAUUGAACUGGGAUUUCAAAAGGUCUUGGUAAAGGGUUUGUUUGCUAGACCUGUUCUCAAUACUUGAAAAGAACCAAGUUGUUAGUCUUAAAGGGUGUGUAAACAUUUUUAAGAUUUAUUCAUGAAU